AUGAGAGUGAUUUGGGGCUCUCUUGUUUUUUUGCUUUCGAAUUUGUUUGUCUUUUCUGUUGUUUUUGAUUUUCACUCACCAUCACCAACAGAUGGUUAUAGACCCGCGUUUGAUUUUGAUAUAUGCUAUGUUUCUUCGUUUGCAAAUGCAUUGAUCUUAGUUACAAACGUCCCACGAAGUAGUAGAUGA